AUGGAGACACAGAAGCUCAAACGAGCUUGUACGGCUACCCAAACCAGAAGAGGGUGCGAAGAAUCUCCGGAGACCCAGUCCAUGAGUGUGGUGCAAGGCCCUGUGGAUGGUCUGGCUACUGGCACCCCACUCUAUAGUGUGGCGGUGCAAGGCACUAUAGAUGGAAGGACUACUUGUAGACCAAGGGGUUGGAGGUUUGGUACCUGGAAUGUAGGCACGUUGACAGGAAGAAGUUUGGAAGUGGUGGAGGAGCUGCAGAGAAGAAUGAUUGACGUGGCUGCAUUACAGGAGAUCAGAUGGAAGGGUGAGGGUACAAGGUUUGUGGGGGCUAAAGGUGGAAGAUAUAAAUUGUGGUGGAAGGGGGAUGAUGGUACUGGAGGAGUUGGUGUGAUGGUAAGAGAAGAGUUGGUGGAGAAGGUGUUGGAAGUGAGGCGGAGAAGCAAUGGUGUAAUUGUGGUGGUGAUGGUGUUUGGAAAAGUAAUAGUGAGGGUGAUAUCAGGAUAUGCUCCGCAACAAAGUAGGAAGGAAGAGGAGAAGGAUAGGUUUUAUGAUGAUGUUUCUGACGAGAUUGGGCAAACGGGGUUGAAUGAGUUUGUGGUGUUGUUGGGUGAUUUGAAUGGUCAUGUGGGGGCGGAUGCAGACGGAUAUGAAGGUGUACAUGGGGGAUGGGGAUAUGGUAUACGGAAUGAGGAAGGGCGUAGAGUGUUGGAGUUGGCGGAUGCACAUAGCAUGGUGGUGGGGAAUACUUGGUUCACAAGGGAACCAGCGCGAUUGAUUACUUAUAGGUCAGGGGAACAUAGAUCGAUGAUAGAUUAUAUAUUGGUAAGGGCCAAACAUAGGAAGAAUGUGAAGGCGAUACCUGGUAUGUUGCAGCAUAGUAUGGUUGUGAUGGAUGUGACAUCAAAAGAAAUGGGGGAGGAGGAAGAAGGAUAA